CCGCAUGCCUGCUGCUGCUAUGCUUGCCCGAACAAGUGUCCUGAGUGUUGUCGUUGGUUGCACGCUUGACUGAAGACAUGGCGAAUAAUGAGCAAGCAAAUCGUGAACGCAAGGAAGCGGCAAGAGGUCACGCGCGUGCUCGGUCGAAGGGUGUCUUUGGACGCUUUGGUGUCAUGCAGGGCAAAUUGGACAGAAAACGCGCGCAUCUCUUCAAAUGCCGAUCGCACAGCACAAAUUUGACCGACCGACCUUGGGCGGCCCAACAGCCACCACGAGAAAGGUCGCAGCCGAGGAUUGACACGCGCGGGGAGAGGUUGCGGCGCAUCACCCUGGUUGAGUUCAUGGCUAGUCACGACUCACGAGGCUCGCAUCUACACGCACACCAGCGAUUAGCUUUGUGCUGAGUCACACCUCACUCAGACUCUUUGAACUCUUUGAUUGUCCUCCACAGCACAAAGCACGUCGACUCUCGGCUGAUAUCCAACGGAGGGUGCCGAUCAUCCCUGCCAUCUCGACCUCCUAUCUCGCAAGAGGGCGCCUCUCUGGGCCUAGCGAUACCGCAGCCCAUUCAUCACUCGACCUAGCCAGAUGUUCGGUGACAGCAAGCCACGCUUUCCCACGCGGACCAUCGGAUUAUUAUACGAUUAAGUCUCGCACAGUGAGAUUGCCGCACUCCACUUCGCAGCUUGCUAUCAUAUACUCCCAAGAGGUCUAGCA